UUCUCGGAAAGUUAUAUUUUAUCCUACUAAACUACAAUUCUACGAUAAAAGAUGGGGUCACCGAGCUCGUUUUGAAUUAUAAGCACUUCAAGAUGAAGAAAAAAAUGUUUUAACAGGUUAUACAGUUGCCAUGGUAACAUAUUAUGUGGAAAAGAUAACCACAACUUGUUCACCCAUGAUUGGCGCCUUGUGGGAUAUCAAUAUUCUAAUAUCACUUGGUAAAGAAUUGUAGAAUGGAUACGUAUGGAUCGUCCAAUGCGAUUCCUUGUCGAUCCUUAGAUAGUUGCAUUUUGCUGCAAUGGUUCGACGGAUCAUUGAUUCUUUAGAUCUCAGUUUCGAUGGGUCGUUGCAUGCUUGGAUUAUUGGCUCUUUUACAUCUGGUUUUGGGUUCUUUGGUUCUGUGAAUCGAUCGUUCAACUAUUCGAUGAUUCGUUUGUUCGAUCUGGGGCUGAUAGAUCUCCCGAUCGAUUUAUUAGUUCCAGAGUAUCAAAACCGGCAUUUCUAUUAUGAUCCAACUCCAAUGCUAGCCUUUUAUUUUCUUUUUUGAUGUUGCUAUUUCUAAGGUUGUAUGAGAAUGCCCAUACCUAGGCAUGCUAUGGAACCAAAUGGCGGCGACUCAGCAGAGCUUUGCAUUGAACGCCUUACAAGAAAGUUAUCUGAGGUGGAAGCUGUAGUGACGGCCAGCGAAGGCAAAGCAAACCAUAUGAGGAAAGAACGAGAUGCUGCUAAAACGGAGAACGAAAAGCUUCGAAAAGAAGUAGCUAGGUUGAAAAACGAGCUUCUGAAAGUAAGGAUGAACUCUGCCCUCAAAGAGAAAGAAAUCACUGACGUACUGGAUGUCAAAGAUGGAUCAAAAGGAACAGGUUACAUCGAUUCCGACCACCUCGUGGACCAAAAACGUCGUGGUAGCCUACCGGUUUCUACUAUGUGGAGGCAGACAGGCGCACGAAGGGGUAUCUUCGACCAUCCCAAAGAUCUGCGAAAAUUGCUGGACAAGAAAAGCAACGAGUUGGUGCAACAUCGACAACAAUAUAGAAUCUUUGAGAAUAAGUUUCAAGACGAAGUAAACAGGUGCAGUAAGCUGGAACAAGACACUGAAUGCUUGAAGCAGCUCUUAGUUGAUUUGUUAGGAAUUCAUGGGCGGUACCAUCGCUCCUAUGUGUUCCCAUGCAGUAAUUUCUCAGCAGUAGUUUUCCUUGUUUUGAUUUUUUUGACGCUUAUUGCCACAUUCGUAUUUGUGAUGAACAAUUAUCAUUUCUAAAUGAGCUUAAAAAUAGUGCUUAUAAAGUAUUUUAUCGUCGUGAAUAAUUGUUUGCUACUCUUAACCUUUUUACCCGAGGAAAGUACUGCUCAAUAGUUUUAAUUCAAAUGAUUGUGCGCUAGUAUCUAAUGCACACGAUAAAAAUACAGAACUAACCUACACAGGAAACCAAACAACACCAACUUGCUAUAUCCAUUGACUGAAAAGUUAGGACCUCAUUGUCACGCAUAUACUAUAUGCCACCUUUGGUACACCAGUAGUGCUUUUGGCACACUAGUAGUAUUUUCAAGGUUUUGCUGUUAAACAGACACAUUUCACUUAGUUACCAAGCUUAGUAACAAAACGUUUAUUGCUUCAAAUAAAAGAGGAAAACAAAUUCUUACGUAUUUAAUGUUUCUGUGAUCACCGAAUCUGUUUAUAAUCAUAUUGCCACGACGCAUGUUUGAUCCAUUGAUCUGUAUAGGAGCUUAAAAAAAGGAUUAUUUUUCCAAGUUAACUCGAAAUUAUGAGAGGGUUUUAAUAAAUAAGAAAUUUUUUUUUAAGUUUGCCAUAAAUGGAAUCGACUCCUUUGUCUUGAUCGUUUCUUUUAGAGGAUAUGAAAGAUUAAAAGUUAACGUUUAAUAAAAAUUAGUCAUUUACAUAAUUAUAUCAAUUACUUUAAACAAGUGGUCAAGGCCUUAAACGUCAGGCAGGCAUCCUGAACUUUCAAAAUAAAAGAGUACACUUUG